AUGGAUGUUGAAAUGAUUUCAAGCGAUGCUGGCCAUCAGCACGCACAGACACAACAGACCGAGUCUCCCGCCAGAGCAUCUCCUCCUGGUCCCAAUAAUGCUGCCUCCAACGCUGCGAACCAAAUGAGCUUUAGGCGGCAACGAGCGUCACGAGCAUGUGAGGUCCGAUGCGACGCUGCCAGUCUCGGCGUCCCGUGCACGAAUUGUGUCGCAUUUCAGAUUGAAUGCCGUAUUCCGACUCCUAAACGGAAAAAGGCACAAAAUGCCGGCAACCAAGCGUCCAAAGACUCAGAUAGUGACCGAGAAGGCACAGACGAUCGGCCGAAUCAGACCACACCAGGGAGCGCCUCUUCCUAUCCGCGACCACCUACCGUUUCGCACACAUCAGACGGGACCCCUUCAUCGUCCAUGACAGAGGCACAAGUCCGACAGGAGGAAGUUGAUAGCGGGACGUACCUCAACCUUGUCAUGAAGCCAAAGUUCACUCGUGCUCCAAUCACGGAAGCUGGGCGAGUAGCCUUCCUCGGCGAAUCCUCAAACUUGACACUAUUGGUACAUGACCGUCAGGGAUCCUCAGAUGUUGUGCACUACCCGCUGCCAGAAAAUGUACGAGGCUCACGAGCCAGGCUUACAGAGCUCGAUAAUGUUGAGAUAGAAAUCUUACACCAGAGAGGGGCGUUUCUACUUCCGCCGCGGUCACUCUGUGACGAACUCAUCGAGGCAUAUUUCAAAUGGGUGCACCCAAUUGUACCUGUAAUCAACCGUUCUCGAUUCAUGAGGCAAUAUAGAGACCCGAAGAACCCUCCAUCUCUCCUGCUCCUCCAAGCUGUUCUGCUUGCUGGCUCUCGCGUUUGCACCAACGCUCAGCUUAUGGAUGCCAACGGAUCCACAACGCCUGCGGCAUUGACCUUCUACAAGCGCGCAAAGGCGCUUUAUGAUGCCAAUUACGAAGACGAUCGUGUCACCAUCGUUCAAUCACUGUUACUCAUGGGUUGGUACUGGGAGGGUCCUGAGGAUGUUACUAAAAAUGUUUUUUAUUGGAGUCGGGUUGCCACCAUCGUUGCUCAAGGUUCUGGGAUGCACCGGAGUGUUGAGCAAUCUCAACUGAGCAAGUCUGACAAACGGUUGUGGAAGAGGAUCUGGUGGACCUUGUUUACUCGUGACCGAUCUGUCGCCGUUGCUCUCGGUCGGCCUGUCCACAUCAACCUCGACGACUCCGACGUGGAAAUGCUGACAGAGGAUGACUUCAUCGAAGAUGAAACGGAUCGGGCGAGUGAAUUUCCCCCAGAUCCUAUUCAUGUGCAAUUCUUUUUACAAUAUGUUAAGUUGUGCGAGAUUAUGGGUCUGGUGUUGUCGCAACAAUACUCGGUUGCUUCCAAAGGUCGUCAAAGGAAUGCUAUUGAUUUGACGCAUAGCGACAUGGCACUGGCCGACUGGCUUCAGAAUUGUCCCAAGAUUGUGUAUUGGGAGAUGCCUCGUCACCACUUUUGGUCUGCUCUGCUUCACUCGAACUACUACACCACCUUGUGUCUCUUGCACCGCGCCCACAUGCCUCCGAGUGGCUCAAGAAGCUUUCCAGACGACUCGCCGUACCCAUCACGAAACAUUGCUUUCCAGGCUGCCGCCAUGAUAACAUCAAUUGUGGAAAACCUUGCAGCCCAUAAAGAACUACGCUAUUGCCCCGCGUUUAUUGUCUAUAGCCUGUUUUCAGCCCUCAUAAUGCAUGUGUACCAAAUGAGGUCUCCAGUACCAUCAAUUCAACAAGUCACGCAAGACAGAUUGCGAAGUUGUAUGCAGGCGAUGAAAGAAGUAUCGCGGGUCUGGCUGGUCGGCAAAAUGGUUUAUACUCUAUUCGAGUCAAUAAUCGGCAACAAAAUGCUGGAAGAACGGCUCCAAAAGGCAGGCGGGAAGCGCCACAGGAAAAUGCAGCAGAGCUUGUCACAACUGGAGCAACAAAGCAAGGCCCAAGAUUUGUCAAAGAGAAAAUACGACGACAUGGCAAUCGAUUUCACUGCAAAUGCGCCGACCCCUCAGGAGUCAUACGAACGCUCCAGACCCCAAACGCCCAGUGCAGUCAAGGCGGAAAAUCCAUCCACAAUGCAACCACCAAAUGUAGCCUCUCCCAAUAGUCGACCUAACGCAGCGGAUACUUUCAUGGGCGGGACCAACUCAAGACCUCAAACCAGACCAGCAACUCCAUUUAAUCCGUCCUUUUCUGUUCCAACUACUCCCCCCGAUCUCUAUCUCGUGACCAGGAAUUCACCGAAUCUGUCGCAAUCUCUCUGGGAAAAUUUCCAGCCUGAUCAACUCUUCCCCGAAAGCUCCAGCAUGCCUGCCUUUCCUAACUUAUCUCCGACACAAACGCAUCAAGAUCUAAACCACAAUCUCAUGGCACAGAUGACACCGAACAGUAUGUCACAAGGGCCAGCGGGUAACCAGUUCCAGGCAAGGGGUCAGGGGCAAGGAAACGGUGGUCUACCUAUGCAAGGCUUCCAUGCACCAGCUGGCAUGUGGCAAACGAAUUUUGACGCGGGCAUACACGAUGGGCAGAGCCCAGACAGUUGGAGCACAAGCUCAGCUCAAGGUCAACCUGCUCCAACCACCUUGAACGUGGAGGAUUGGUUCCAGUUCUUUGGCAUCAAUGGCGACGCGAGCAAUUUGAAUCUUGACGUGUCCCUUAACUGA